UACACGUGUUACGAGGGAGGGAGCGGUCCGCCCUGCCGCGCCGGUGGCGGGACACGACGCAAUCUAUAUAAGAGUGGUCCAUACCGGAUGUUUGACCCAGAACUUCGCGUGCAGUGAAAGUGUGCCCGGUGCAAAUACGUUUUUGCCGGAAACGAUAAUGAAAAUCUAUUUAAUAUUGGGUCUGCUGGUAACAGCGGCGUGUGCCGAGAAGAAAAUUAAUUUAGAAGAUAUCGAAAGAGAUAAUCUGAGGGCGGAGGGUAAGACCAAAACUGAAAACAUCCAGACUGAUGAGACGAAGUAUGCCGCCAACCCUAAUCAGCAGCAGUAUCAAAUACCAAGCCAAUAUAAUACCUUGGGUCAGCCCGAACUGUACACCCCGCCUCAACAACUUCAGGAUAUAAAAUAUAGCCAGGUGCCACCUGAAGAGUACAUUCAAGCCAAUCAAUACGCUGUACAGGAAGCGCAAUACAAGCAGCCGAAUCAAAUUCUGCUGCAGCAGAAUAUUCCGCCAGUACAGUAUUACGGCGGAUACCAACAACAAGUGGAAAUACCAAAAGGCAUUGCUCCCAUUGCCUUCGAAUCUCAAAAAUUAAACUACCAACCAGAAAUAGAGGUGGGCAACCACAUCCAAAGUGUUCAACAGAAAGCAGUCACGGAGAAAUACACGAAAGCCAUCAACAAAGAACCUGCUUUUAUUGAUCUUCCAGUGCCACAGUUGCUUCCCUACUAUCCCCAAUUCGAUAUUAAUCCCUUGUUGAGCGUAAAAGGCGCCGGACUGGCGCAAUCUCCGUUACUGACCAGCAACUUGGCUCAACAAAUUUCCAUACCUUCAUAUACCCCCUUGUACAAUCAGAAGCAAUUAAUACCUUCCGUGAAAUCUCCUUACUCUACUGUCCAGCCGGUGACAUUCGCAACCAAGGCGCCGAAAGGACUGACGUACGCAAUCCCAAGCGCGCCGAAGAAAAAGAUCAGUCCGGCCCAACUGCUGACGACACCGUUGUACGUUCAACCUCAGCAGCCGCUGGCUCAAGGAAAGAACCCCCUUCUGCACACUCAGGCAUACAUCGCGCCUUCACAGCCGCAGUAUGUGCAGCAAUUAAUUUACUCGCAGCCCGGCAUAGGUUACAACGAUCCCGCUGCCGCUUACAGCGAUUUUUACACUCGUCUACCAGCUUACAUUCAGGAUAAUUAUCUUCGCGGGCAAUUGAAUCAAUAUCAGGCGCAGCAGCAGCAGCUGUACGUCGCGCCGACGAUCGGCCCCGAAGCGCCGAAGGAGAUCUUGCAGGAGCAGAUCGUCCAGGACCUUCCGCAAAAUUAUAUCAAGGUGCCUGAUGAGCCCAAAACUCAUUUCGUUCCGCCGCAAUUCCCUCCGCAUGAGUUCAAAGUAGGGGGUAGCACGCAACUGGAGCCUGUUCGGAACUCCUACAAAGAUGAGCAAUCCUUGCAGGUGCAAGAUCAAUCCUUAUCCUCGGAGCCGAGGUCACUACUUGACACUUACAUUCCAAGCAAAGUCAUUGCUGCGCAGGAUACCGCCAGGUACAGAGAAAGACCGAUAAAACUAGAAGGGGGUUUUCUCCCGUCGAAAGUGAACUUCGUACAUAAGAAGCGCAAAUCUGAGUGACGAGACUCGCGCCGUGAGUGGCAUGACGAUUGACGAAUGUCAUACAUACACAAGGGUCAGUACAAGUUUGAAAAACUCGAUUACUAACGAUCAUACAACGACCGGGGCAUCAUAUGCGGACAUCGGGGGAUGUGCCGUCUGAACAGAGAUCGGCGGCAUCAUCGCAUCUAGUCUUUUAUCGAAGAUCUUAAAAAACCUUUUUAUACUUUUCUCUUUUACAUUUGUAAAGACACGCCCAGUAAACGGCAAAUACUUUGUUUACAAUUUUUCAAUAAAAUUAAAAAUGAAAAAUUU